AUGAUCUCUCUUGCGGGGCUGGUUGCGGUCCGUUCUGCUACCUUGCGGCCCGGCCGUACAAUAUCUACUGCCCGGCCCACCAACCUGGAGGCUUUACUUGGUCAAUUGACCGGCCAAGUAAACACCCCCGGGUGUACACACUGUGCGGGUGGGUCUGGAGCGUGGAGUACGUGUGUGUCGGUGCCUGGCUUCUUUGGGUAAAGCUGUGCCAACUGCCAUUACGGCAGUGAAGGACGCCGCUGCUCCAUCCGUAAGUGAACUCUCCUACCUAUUACGGACCGUAGCUAACCAUUACUGAUAGGACCAGGCAACAUCGCGUCCGCUGCUCGUGUUGCUGCUGCUGUCGCUGCUGCUAUGGCUGCUCCUGCUCCCGCCGCCGUGGCCCAGGUCGCUCCUCACAACCCUCUCCGCCGCUCUGGUGCUGGUGCUGGUUCUGGUGCUGUCCGCUCUAGUGCUGCCUGUAAGUUAGAUUUACGGCCCGUGAAAAGAUCUUACUAACAUAAAAUAGCGCGGCGCACCGGCUGUGUCCGUAAGGCGCUGUGAGUUGGAACCCAUGAUGGAGGCUCGGGCCAUGCCCUCGCUAAGCACUGACCAAAGUCCCCGCUCAGCAUUGGCCAUUGCUCCACUGCUAAAUUGGUUUCUCCUUUUCUACACUUUUCUACUCUAUUCUUUUGACGUCACGUAUUUGUCAAACAGUUUCUUGGAAGACUCCAGAAACUCUUCCUCUCUCUAUAUAUAGAGGAAGAGAUUGCAUGUAUGUAGUCUUCACGCACUUCUUAAUUGAAUAUUCGAAACCACACCUUUGAGCUAUUCGAGGUCUGGCCUCUCACAGGCGCCCCUCUCAGCCUCUCAGAGGGCACGUCGUUUCGCGGAGCUCCAUAGGGGCUAGCGGCUCUUUACGAAGAGGAGGCGAGGGUACUAGAGGAUGAGGAUGAGGAAGAGGAAGAGGAAGAGGGAGAGGAGGAGGAGGAGGAGGACAGCUAG